AUGGUUCAAAUCGAUUUGUUUCAAGGACUCUUAGAGAGUUCUGAAGAUGCAACCAAUAGUAGUAUAGUGGAAAUGCAACAAAUUCAACGAAGAAAGAAAGUAUGUGAAUCGUUUUUAACCUAUCUCUAUAUGGGUCAUGCAAAAUUGAGUAGUGAUAUUGCAUCGGACAUGAUGGCUCUUUCUCAUCAAUAUGGAUUUCAAUGUCUCUUCUCGCAAUGUGAAGUGUUUAUUUGUGAAAUGAUCGAUGCAUUAUUUGAGGAGAAAGGCCAUCAGAAUGAAUUAACACCAUCAACAUUGCAUGACAACAGCAGCAUUGCCUCAAUCUCUAAACCACAACUUGUGGAUGAAUAG